CAAUCACUCACGAUCUCAACAAGACCCACCCAGCCAGUAUAUCUAGUUAUAGAGCUUGCUUACUCUCUCUACACUGUACCCAUACAUGUUAGACUUCUCUGGGAGCUCAAGUAAUCAAGUUGUGAACGUGUCAAGCAUCAGUGAAAUCUCAAUCAGCUUUGUAUUGACAUAUCUUAGGUACUGAAAUUCUAUCUAUAAAGUGAUCAACAUGAAGUCAAAACAAACUAAAAUCUGCAAGAUCUUUAUUCUGGUCCUUCUCACAUUGCAAUUAUCAUCAGCCAUUCCGAUUUCAAAGAAGAGGACGUCAAAACAGCAAUCAUGUCAGUCGUGGCUAGCUAGCGAAGUCGACCACAAAAUCGUUCCAGCUCAAAUCGCAGAUCGCUACCGAUUGUUCGCAUUGAGAGAUUCUACUUCUUUGAAGGAGCUGCAAGAUGUUGGUAGUCUGCUCAAAAAUGGACGAGUGUGUAACGGCCUGGGAGAUGCAUCAAAUCUCCAAGUGGUGUUUGAGAGUAACCAGGAGAUGAAAUCGAAUCAAUUACAAUCAGAGGCUAUACUGCUUGUUGCCCCUGACAGCUACCAGCACGACACAGCCAUGGUAUUGAAGGUCUCCUGUGACCAGCGAGUCAUAUGCCUCAAUAUAACAUUCACAGAGACUAUUCAUACACCCCGGAGAUUGCAUGUACGAGCUGCUAGUCACAUGACAUCAGAGGGUAGCUCACAUGAUUCGGGGGGGAGGGUGCAAGCGAUCACUGGAGGAGCUAUUGUGACUGUAAUUGGAUUGUUAAUACUGAUCUCCGUGGUUGCACUGUGUGGGGGGUCGAACACGUACGAGACGAGCAACAACACAGCCAUCGAUAAACGUACUGACAAUGAAGUGGCUGUGAGUGUGACUGUCUCAGUGACCCCUAUUGACCAGCCAACCACAAACCAGGUGGAAGCGACAGCCAAGGAACAAAAUGGCAAUGCAUCUCACCCACGACCACCCACCGAACCCACUGAACCCAAGCGACAAUCCCUCGGCUCACUGUCAGGUGACCCCACUGCUUCUGCUGCUGCCAGCACUGAAGAACAAACCGCAAGAGCCAGAACAUUAUCAGCAAGAAGUUUUGACCCACUCCCCGAGCUACCAAAAUUGGAUCUUGCCGAAAAACUGUCAUCAGCUGACGAUAAAGAAGACAAUGAAGAAGAAGCUCCCUAUUCGUAUGCUCGAGUACCAAAGGGUGGUGAUGUACCGCAAUCUGAUUCGAGUGAUGAAGAUGGAAAUGAUAGUCCAAACCGUGAAAUAAGCCCCCCAGCCAUACCCCCAUAUGGAAAGGUCACUGCCUCUGACAAGGGCAAACAAGCUCCUUUAGACGACAUGAUGGGAGAGUACGCUGAAGUUACUGGAGAGGGCAGGAGAGAUCGCUCCGUUACAGCACCAGUUGAUCCCUCCGAAGUUGGCAGAGUUCGUGAUAACAGAGCUUUUACAGAAUCUGCAGCACACCUUCCUUUGCCGGCCAUCCCGAAAGGACCGAGGCCUACACUUGAAGAGGACAACGCAAUGUAUGACAGUAUUCCAGAAACAAUGGCAGGAGUUCAAGCAAGGCCUGCUAUAGUCAAGAGAGAGCGUUUGUAUGAAUCGGUCGAUGAAAUGGCGAACGAUGCUGAAGACAUGUACGAGAGUGUUCCCGAGGAGUUGAAACCAGACAGUCCUGUUGUUGUGAGUCCGCUAAUCCUCAGUCCGAGCUCACCAGAGCUCCCCCCUCUCCCCACAUCCCCACGUCACCCACUUGACUCCCCCACCACCGGACCACCCACUAAUCAGAACUUGGGGCUCGAGUUGAAAGUUGACGAGUCAAGCAAAAAGAAAAAGGCCGAUAAAAAAGCUCUGGAGAAGACACUGAGUACCUCUGAUCAAGCUGAAAAGAAACGAACAUUUUCUAUUUUCAAUCGAAAGAAAGCAAUAUCCGUGUCGGAAGGUGUUGCCAAAACAAAGAAAAAACCCGAGAAAGAAUUGCAAUCACCAAAACCACACCAAGGGGAGCCAUUACCGGACAUUCCUCCACAGCUCUCCCCCUCUCUCCCCCUCGCACAUCCCAAAACCCCCCUACCUGUACCCCCGAACGAUGAUGAAGAGGAAGACAUGUACGACAAACCAGAAAUCUCUCUACCCAAGACUUCUGAUUCAGAAACUACUGCAGCAAAUGUUCGAACCACACAAGAUGCAAAAGCUCGUUCCAAAACCCUUCCUGCUACCGGUAGAUCCUCUGGGGUCAAUAGCUUCAAAUUCAGCCAAAAUCUGCCAUUGCCUGAGCUCCCUGAAAAUUUCGGCCAAGGACUGGUCACUGUGACUCACACACGCCAUUUGGAAGACAGUAGCGAAGUUACCGAGCCCUACGACAUCGUCCACAUAUCCCCUCCCCCUAUUGAUGAAACAGAGGAACCAAACUAUGACACUGUACGACCUGAUUUGAUUCUACAUGUAAACCCCAGUUUGGAAGUGAGAGGCGACCCUGACCCUGGUUAUGACAGAGUAGGGAUAAAACUGGACGGUGCUGAAGAAAGUAACGCAUUAUCGGAUGAGGACAGGGGGUCAGAGAGAAGUACAAGCCCUGGCGGCGCUGGGGAGAUUGUUGUGACGGAAAUCCCCUCACCAGAACUGGAUGACUCUGUAGCUGGACCAAUUCCUGAUCACGAUGAAGUCGGAUACGCACGAGUGCCAGAGAUGCAUCGAAUGAGAAAACGUGCAAUGUCAGCAAAUCAAGGUGCCAUGAAGAAGCCUAAUUCAGAAAAAAAAAUGUCAACGGACGAUACUGGUGUCCUGAAACGAGCCACUUCCCCCGACGAAGUGUACGCUAUUAUUGACAUGGCAGCCAAAAAGAGAAACAGAAAAAAAAAAUCUGAAGAUUUGGGUGUGACUGAAAGAGACAUUGAAAAUUCCUCCCCCGUUCCCCCUCCUCUACCUCCCAUGGGGGAUCUGGGGGAUUUGUCCGAGUUUGACCAACCCCCUUUGCCCGAGAGAUUGGAUGAAGCUAAUCACCUGAUGGUUGAAGUUGAGAACGAUAGCGGAUACUCGAAAGUAUUGAAAGUUGGACCAACUCUAGGUGCUGAUCCUCCAUACGCUAAAGUAAAGUCGAAAGUAGAACAUCCGUACGCUGAGUUGGAUAUUGGUGGCAGCGCCAAGCCGGAUCUUACAAAUAGCUCAAAUCCGUCCAGCCCCAUCGAGAACGAAGCUUCGAGUAAUGACAUGAUCACUGUACCAGCCACCAAGGACAACACAGAUGCAGCUGACAAUGAUGAGAACCAUAUGUACGAUACCCUCAGCCCGCCUAAGUCUCCUACGGAAGUGUCUGUGGUCAUUGGCACUCCUGAAGAAGAAGAAGAUGUGUCUCAGAAUACGUAUGAUACGUUGACGGACACCAAUGCUGAGUCACGAGAUGUUGAUUUGGAGGAAGAAGGACCUUAUGAAGAGAUUGAUGAAGAGACAAGACAGAACUUGCAAAAAUUACACCCCAAACCUGUAUAACGAUUGUAGCUUUGUUACCCCCUUCUUUUUGUGUUAAUUUUUAAUUGUUUGAUCGGAAAUAUUGAAACAAUAGUUCUAUUUGUGAUUAGCUCGUACUCUAUCACUUUGCAUUUGGACUUUGUAUAAUAAUGAUUAUUACUAUAAUCUCA